AUGCCCCGCCUAUGCUGGCGAGGUGUUAGACCAGCGCAGCUGAUACGCCCCACUCCAGCUUCCGUAGACCUCGACGAGUGCAUCUCGCGCCUCUACAAAAAGGAACUCCUGGCCGAGUCGGUCAUCGAAGCGAUAUGCGCAAAGACCAAGGAGCUGCUGAUGCGGGAGAGCAAUGUGGUCCACGUGCGCGCCCCCGUCACCGUCGUCGGCGACAUCCACGGGCAAUUCUACGACCUGAUCGAAAUAUUCAAGAUUGGCGGCUGGUGCCCGGACACGAACUACCUGUUUCUCGGCGACUACGUCGACCGAGGCAUGUUCAGCGUCGAAACUAUAUCUCUUCUUGUUUGCCUGAAACUGAGAUACCCCAACCGCGUCCAUUUGAUCCGAGGGAACCACGAGUCGCGCGGCGUGACGCAGUCGUACGGCUUCUACACCGAGUGCUCGCGAAAAUACGGCAACGCCAACGUUUGGCAUUACUUUACCGACAUGUUUGACUUUUUGACGCUGAGCGUGGUCAUCAACGACCAAAUCUUUUGCGUCCAUGGGGGCCUUUCCCCCUCAAUACACUCCAUCGAUCAGAUCAAAAUCAUCGACCGUUUCCGCGAGAUCCCGCACGAAGGACCCAUGGCCGAUCUGGUCUGGUCCGACCCGGAUCCGGAGCGCGACGAGUUCUCGCUCUCGCCGCGCGGGGCAGGCUACACGUUCGGCGCGCAGGUCGUCAAAAAGUUCCUUGCCGUCAACAACAUGAACCACAUCCUGCGCGCGCACCAGCUCUGCCAGGAAGGGUACCAGGUGCUGUACGACGACCGGCUGAGCACGGUGUGGAGCGCGCCCAACUACUGCUACCGGUGCGGCAACAUGGCCAGCGUGCUCGAGGUGAGCGACACGGGGGAGCGGUUCUUCAACGUAUUCGCGGCCGCGCCCGAGAACGAUCAGGUCAAGGACCAGCAGAUGGGCGGCGGCGGGGAGAAGGAUGGCGGGGCACUGCCGGACUACUUUCUAUAG